AUGGAUUUCAGACAUCAGUUUUUUCCAAGAAAUAACGGAAAGCUUGUACUCACAGCUUCAAGACAUGGUGAAUUAGAUUUAUAUGAUUUGCGGUGUGGUCGACAUGCAUGGCGUUCAAGUCACAAACAUGGCAAACUUCAUGGAAAGCACAGUGCAGUACUUCCAGAUUUGGCUACUACUCGACCUAUAACAAGAGCACUAGUAUAUGAUAAUUCACUUGGCGUAGGAUUACGCGUUGUUUCUGGAAAUGCAGUUGGCGAACUUUCUGUUCUAGAUUUAAGACUGCCACAAGAGUAUUUAAACAUAUCCGAUUGUGAUAGUUCCGUUCCAAUACCUGCCAAAAGUUAUGGAUCUCGAGCACCUGAACCAGUCACGCUAAAUCGUCAGUUGGCAGAAUUUGGAAUUCAUUGGGCUGGCCAUUGGAUCGGGUCUCAGUGGCUUAAUGGUCUAUGA